AUGGCUGGCAAAGGAACUGAUCGUAAAAAAGCUAAAGAUAAAGCCUCAGCUAAUGAGAACAGUGAUAACUUGGCUGCAUUCACACUACCCGAUUCGUUACCAUGCUCCGAGAUUGAAUUUGCUGUAAUUCUAAAAAGAAACAAUAGAGCUAACUGGCAAAAAAUUGUGGAAGAAAGAGAAGAAGAACUUAAAGAACUUGAACGAUAUAAGGAAAGUAAAACAGAACCAACACCAAAGUCACCUUUUCUCAGAACGGAAAGCGACUACAUAAAAAAUGAAGUAUUUGCCUAUUUAAUUCCUGCAUUGGAAGAAACUUUGAACAAGGCAAAAAUGUGGGACGCGUUGAGAAUUCAGAAGUGCUUUUUCAAUGGAAUAGACCACAUUGUACAAUAUUUAUGGAAUAACAAUCCGCGCUAUCCAAAUCGAAAAACAAGAAAACUACAUUUAUUCAACAUGCCAUGGAUUCGUGAACAUCUUCAGAAACACCCGCGGCCAUAUUAUCCGAAAUCGUGGUUGUGGCCUGAAGACUAUGCAGCCACACUGAUACAAAAGAGUGUCCGUCAGUACUUUGUACAAAGGGAAGAAGAAGUCCAAGAAAUGCGAGAAUUUUGGAGGAAAUUGGACAUGGAACACAAUUUACCCGAGAUGGAUACCAAUCCAUUCUUAGCCAAGAAAUUUGCUUCUUUGCAAACUUUUCACAAGAAUUAG